AAAAAACAAACAUUUUGUCAGCCCUAAUAUUACCCGCGUGAGCCUACAAAUGGGAAUAGGAAAGAGUUAACGACAGCCUUUUCAGACACGUGACCGAGACAUCCAAAGCGACGACGUUUCCGGACAGGACUAAUGACUGCAGACCAAAUGGUUCUAUUCUUCCUCCACUCACUUUGACAAAAGUUAAAAAAAAACUUUGGCAAAAGAAGCAGCGCGUCACCGACCUUCCACAAGACAACAUUCACACCAACCAAUACCGAGUCGAUUGAGUCAUAUGGUGGCCACCCCUUUUUCUCUUUUCUGGAUUCUCGUUUAUCGUUUUUAGCUUACCAGUAUACCCCAACCCCCUCAAAAAAAGAGUUACUUUAGUUUUGAGUGAGAGACUUCAAUACUCCAUUGAAUUCAAAUCAAAGGUUUCUUCAACUUCCUGUGUUUCUUUGUUAUUCUUUAGAAAGAUUCGCAAAACAGCAAUGCAUUACUUGGCUUUGAACCUUAGUGGAACCAUGGAAGAAAAGUUACGCAUUGAGUCGUACAGGUAACAUUUUUUAUCUUGAUUGAGAGUACUGUAGCUAGGUGAGAAGAUGUCGUUGGCUGAUAAUGGAACUCGCAAAGAGGAAAUUGAGCUAAGUGUAGAUAAUAAAGAGAAGGGUCAAGCUCCUCUUGACAUUUCAGCGUCUCGAAGGACACUGCUAAGUGAUAAUAAACCUCAAAAAAAAUUCCAGAAUACCUUCACUGCUAUUCCUGAAAAGAUAAGAUUCCUUAAAUUUGGUUCAGCCGCUAAAUUCAGGAGGAUGGCAGACGAAAAAGAUGAGAUGUCCAGGUCAGUAAAUUCUUCAAGUAGUCAUGGUAUUAAAGAACGCAUAGCUGAUGUAUUUUCUCGGAAGAUUGAUUGGGUUUCGAUUAAGAAAAUGUGCAAAGAAUGGUUUAAAGAUCCAAUGAACAUGGCUUUGUUUUUAUGGAUCUUCUGUGUUGCUGUUUCGGGUGCAAUCUUGUUCCUUGUGAUGACUGGAAUGUUAAACAAGGCAAUACCUAGUAAGUCUCAGAGAAAUGCAUGGUUUGAAGUCAAUAACCAAAUUCUAAAUGCACUGUUUACACUUAUGUGUUUGUACCAACAUCCGAUAAGAAUUUACCAUCUUGUUCUUCUAUGUAGAUGGAAACCAAAGGACAUUGCUAAGCUUAGAAAAAUUUACUGUAAGAAUGGGACUUAUAAGCCUCAUGAAUGGGCUCACAUGAUGAUUGUUGUCCUGUUACUCCAUUUGAAUUGUUUUGCUCAAUAUGCUCUUUGUGGUCUGAACUGGGGUUACAAAAGAUCUGAACGACCACCCUUAGGAGUUGGCGUAUGUAUUUCUGUUGCAAUUGCUGCUCCUGCUAUUGCUGGUUUAUACUUAAUUGUUAGCCCACUUGGUAAGGAUUAUGAUUCUGGAAUCGAUGAGGAAGCACAGGUACAGAUUAGUGCUGCUGAAAGACCGGAAAAGUUAAGGUUAAAAUCAUUUGAGAGGAGAUAUUCAUUCGCACUAGUUGAAGAUGAACAGAAUGUUGAGAACAAACUGAAAUGGAGUGGGGGAAUACUUGAUUUUUGGAAUGAUAUCACCAUAGCUUAUCUCUCCCUCUUCUGUACUUGCUGUGUUUUUGGAUGGAAUAUGGAGAGACUUGGAUUUGGAAACAUGUAUGUUCAUAUUGCAACAUUCAUUCUGUUUUGCACGGCUCCAUUCUUUAUUUUUAACUUGGCUGCUGUUAAUAUUGACAAUGAGGCUGUUAGGGAGGCCCUUGGGGUUACCGGGUUAAUUCUGUGUGUAUUUGGUUUGCUCUAUGGUGGCUUUUGGAGGAUCCAAAUGAGGAAGAGAUUCAAUUUACCUUCUUAUGACUUCUGUUUUGGUCAUUCCGCAUUAGGCGACUGUACAUUGUGGCUUUGCUGUUGUUGGUGUACUCUUGCUCAGGAAGUGCGGACGGGGAAUUCUUACGACAUUGUGGAAGACAAGUUACGCACAAAACACACGGAUAAUGACAACCAGCCACCAAUUUCACCUUUGCCCCGCGAAGAUGGAGUGACUCAGUUCAGAUCUGGCAACAAUUCUCCACUAGGAAACAAUUCUAGUCCAACUAAGACUAAUUUAGCUGUUUCUUCAAGUUCCAGCAUAGUUUCAAAGGCCUAUUACAGUCCAGAGAGGCCAAUUUCUAUAGUGAGAGAAGAAUUCUAUGAAAAAGGUAAUGACGAAACUAUGAUACCACCUGAUCCACUAUUAAUACAACGAGAAGCCACAUAGUCUAAGGGAUAAAAAAAAAUCUGUGUAGCAUUAUUUUAAUAUCAUGUAUGUUCUUUUUUUCUAGAAAUUGUUGUAUCAUGUAUGUGAAAUCUGUGUGUUUUGAGUGUAAUUGGAUACUUCCAUUUUGUUUCUUUGUGAAAAUUUUACUCCCACUUUAAGGCAACA